AUGGACAUUCAAAACUUGGUGCUGCAUUUGGUUGCAAAGCGCUCCUCUGAAGAUCUGUACAACAUGGCGGGGACAUGCAAGUUAGUUCAAGAAAUGCUCAAUGAUCCUGAGGUUUGGCAAACCAUGUCAGUAGAGAAGUACCAGUGGCAUGAUGACUGGUACGGGUUUCAUGAAGGGAAAAUUGUUGAGUUCUUGCAAAAGUGCAAAGAACAUAACAAUCCAGAAAUAAUUUACAGAUAA